AUGACUAAUAAAAUGCUCUCUCAUAUACUCUUCCUCUCACACAAAACACACAGUUUUUGCUCCCCGAAAUGUGGGUCGAAUAUGCCCUGCCCGGCGGAUGCGUACAAAGGCGCUUCGGCGAAAGGGCAGUGCGUUUUGCAAGUGCCGAGUUCACCGACGCCGUCGCAGUGCGCGUUGAUUUGCCGACCGGAACCCGGGACGAACGGCGGGUGCCCGAAACGUGCGGAGUGUCAACCUAUACAAGGUUUGGGGAUAUGCACGUAUCCUACUUCUUCUUCUUCGGAAAUCGAGGACGGAAAGGAAGAACAGGUGACGUUGAAGAUUGCCGCGUAA